UGCCAGUGGCCCGAGAUUACAGCAUAGUGAGUGAGAAAGCAGAGACAAGAGUUCAUGUCGGUGCCUUUCUCCUGCUCGGGAAACCUCCACGGGAUACCAUUUAGUGCCUUUUGGGAAGUAGGAAUUGCUUACAUAUUAGAACCAACUCUGAGUACAUGUUCGUCAUGUUGAUAGAAGCAUAAGAAGAUUUCUGUUUCUGUGCUAAUCCUGCUCUGGUGUGGCCUAUACGAAGCAUCAGGUGGUGAGUACUGUUUAAGUGCAGCGGGGAUCACUUUGACUCUGAGCACGUUGACGAGGAUGUACGUCUGGUUGUGCCACUGAAAUCAUCAUGGAAGAGGAAAUUCAGUCCAAGGCUGAAACCCCAAAUACAAACAACUGUCCAGCCCCGGCUGAGGCGGCUCUUCCCUCUCCUGCUGCCACGGCUGCUGUGACGUUCGAAGGGCUUUCUAAAACCAACAACAUGAAGGUGAAAUGGACCCGGCUGGGUUUGCUGUUCUUCCUCGUUCUGUCACUGGUGAUGACAGGCUGCUUCCUCUGGCAAUAUCAGCUGCCAAAAGUUUUGCCUGAUGAAGAAAUGGCCCGCAAUGCCAAAAUGGAAAUGAUGUGCCCCCGCUUUCCCGAGCCUCUUCCCCUGGAGCAUCCGAUUCCCAGUCUCAAGGAGGCACUCGAAAAGGUGGAUCUUUUGCUCAGACAGACUAUCAACCCCAUCAGUCUUCCUGCUAUGUCUGCCAUUGUAGUCUUGAAUGACACUGUUUUGUGGACUGGUAACUUCGGAAAGAGGAACGCCAGCGAUCCUCUAUCAGGACCACCAAACGAGUACACGAUUUACAGAAUUGCCAGCCUAUCCAAGAUUUUUCCAACGCUGAUGCUGUACAGACUUUGGGAAGAUGGGAAAAUCGGAUCCCUAGAUGAUCCUUUGGAAAAAUACGUGGAGAAUUUCACCAUAAAAAACCCUCUGGGGAAGACUCGGGACUCUGAGUUGAAAUAUGUGACAGAUGGCUUGAUAUUUCUAGACAGCGGGGAGGUUCAGAUCCGUUCCUCUUCAGUUACGCUCCGCAGGAUGGCCAGCCAGCUCUCAGGUCUGCCCAGGAGGCUCCGGGCCACAAAUCUGCUCUGGAAAGGAAAAACACAAACUGCCAUCAAUCUGCUACAAGAUGACGUCCUCGUGGCAGAUCCAGGCACCAAGUGCCACUACAGUAAUCUCGCAUUCUCUCUGCUGGCUCAUGUUCUGGCAGAGCGGGUGGCUGGAGUUGACUAUCAGCGAUGGGUCACAGACAACAUCUUGGACCGGCUCGGGCUUGAAGACACCGGCUUUGACCUUCCCGCUGCGCUGCAGGGCCAGAUGGCUGUGGGGGUGUACUCCAACGGGAAACCAGCCCCGAUCUAUGACCUGGGCUGGUACCGGCCUUCUGGUCAGAUGUUCUCCACGGCGGCCGACUUGGCCAAGCUAGCCAUGGUGCUGCUGGGUGCUUAUCAUCGCAAGCUGCUGGAGCCAGACUCCUUGAAGAUCAUGCUGACCCCGCUCUUCAGGUGCGAUAAGGACUACUUUGCAAACCGCACUGGGACACCGUGGGAGGUGAACGAGCUGAUGGGCUACGAGAUGGUGCGAAAAGAUGGAGAUCUGGAUGGCUACUCUGCCACGCUCUCCCUGGUUCCCAGGCUGAAGCUCGGCCUGGUCAUCCUCAUGGCAGGCAGCAGAUCUCAGAAAAGGGACGCCGUCUCCAGGGUGUACAGCUUCAUUAUUCCAGCCAUAGAAAGAGCCUUCAGGGAAGCCAAGAAGGUCCUUGUUGCGCCUCCAAGUCCAGAUCCAUACAUUGGCUUUUUCACAUACAGCAACAUCACCUUCUAUGAGAUCAAAGUGGGAAAGGACGGCGUUCUGAUCAUGCAGCAGUUCGGUCCUCAGAUUGAAGAGCUCAUCCCAGAAAAGUACAGGACAAUAAAGCUGAACUACCUGGUUGAGCGGGUCUUCCGAGUUGUGUUUGAGAAAGAGUACCCAUGUGUUUUACGGGUGGGUCCGGCUUCAGUAUCCCUGGAAGCCCAAGAUGGCCAGUUAUUUAACUUCUAUGUGUUUAAUAAGCAGGGUUUGUCCCCUGGCUUUGAUGCACCAGGACUGAACACCUACAACGUGGUCAGAAUAGCCCGCAAACCAACCUUCUCCAGCUGAAACGCUCCUGUGCAGUAGCUUAAAGACAAACGCUUCGUGUAACCAUGGGAUCUGUGAGAGAUGAAAGGUGUCAAUACCACAGUGUUGAAAGGUGUUCGUGAUUUAUAUCAGAGAACGAUAAUAAAAUCAGACAUUUACAGUGUUUUUCUGUGCUGAGAUGUACAUGAACGUCCUCCUCAGGGGGGUCCUUUAACACACAUCCGAGCUGGUGAUUCACAUUGUGGUGAUGCAGUGCUUGUGUUUCCUGCCUUUAUGUAAAUGUUUGGUUUUGGGUUGGUUCUUUUCCAGAUUGUACAGUAGAACCGUUGUCACUGUAUAUUUACUGAAUUUUCAUUUUCAUGCAAAUUCUGCUGGAAACAAACCUGGUGCGACAUUUUCAAACAGGUUUCCAGAAAUGGUUUGUGAUGUCAACAAGAACUCCCAGACAUCUCCAAAGGUUGUUGCUGAACUCUUUUCCUCUGGGCUUGAUGGUCGACAUGACUACCUGUAAUUCUAUGAAUGUUUAAGAGAAAUGACAUGUUCUGGGAAACAAAGGUGGCCAUUUUAAUAAGGAAGGCCACUGUUUCUCCUUUUGUAUUAAAUAACUUGUCUGAAGAUGUAAACGAAGAAGGAAUGUGUAUUAAAAGGGUUUAGUCUCUCGUUCAA